AUGCAUUAUGUAUAUUCACUUUUCCAGAUUACAAAUUUCAAGACGCCAAAAACUUCCUAACCACCUUGUGUUUUGGUGAAUCAAAAUAAUGCUAACUUGUAUUUAGGUAGCGUCAGGUAAAAAGACACAACUAUCUAUCUACAACCCCAAUUACAAUAUCUAAUCGGUCACAGCUACACCGACCUCCCGCCCAGAGUUGUGUAAGUACUUUUCUUUUCGUCCCAAUAGGGUAAGGAGCUGAAGGGACUCAACUUUCUGCCAAGAGCCACCGGGAAGAAGAAGUACUUAAGUGGAUUCCAAACCACAACUUCUUCUUUCUUUCCCUUUCCCUCUUUCAACCUGCAACUAUCAUUCUAUCCCACUCCCCUUCCUCUGCCCUAAUACCUUUGCACCUCACAUCUAGCAUAUAAUACAUAAACUGUACCUGCCUUUGCAGUUUCAGUCUUAUCAACAUCAUCCAUCUUCAUCGCACCCUUGAGCAUUGCGAUUUAAUCUUGACGGCAUGCAAUUCUUCGAUUUCAGCUGUACUUGAGUCAUCGAAUACCUCUCACCCUAAGAACCUCUGCAACCAUAGCGGAGCAUCUUUGAUCAAGACAUCUCUAACUCAGCCUCUGACGGACUGCAGUAUUUACCAGAUCCCAAGUCCCAGCACUUGAGUCCCUGGCCAGGACACUUCGACCAGCACGGUCGAAUCUUCUUCUGUACACAAUCCGUUCUCCAAGAACGGUGCGUAGGGCUGCUUCGAGUACCAACAUCCUGUCGUGGAGUCGGGCGAUUACCGGAGCGGAUCGUAGAGUGAGGGAACCAGCCAGUGUUGACUGGGAGGAGAGCAUGUCGGAGCAAGGAGAGCCGGACCAGGUAUCUGGUCUGGUGAAGGCGGCCUUCACCAACAGCCGAGGACGGGGUGCCUCUGCGACCCCCGUUCCAGAUCGCGAACAACCGCUCCAACCUCUCCGCACAACACCAGCGGAAUUCCAAAAACACCUCGACGCCAUGAAUCGCGGUGGCAGCCGUAACGUGAGCUUCGGCUCAUUCAAUGGAUUCGGACCAAUUGACAACAGCCGACCAUCGCACACGCAUGGCCACGGCCGCGGAAUGGGCUCAUCGAGCACAAUUAUAUCAGGUAACAGCUUUGGAAGCGGCGCGCCAUUGGCGCAAACACUCUCUGGGCUGCAGAUCAACGAGGUAAGGAAUGGACCUCUGCUGACCUCUUUCCCCCUCACCACUUUGCAAUUCUGACUUACUUUGCAGCAGACGAGCCUCUCCAUACUAGAUAGCCUGGUUUGGGAGUAUAUCAGCUCCCACGACCGAGCGGUUCACCAUAACCCUAGUAUGGCACCCAGUGAGCAACCCCGCUUUCUAGAGCGUUCGGGUUUGUUUAGAAGAGACUACGCAGCUAUGAGUCGCCGGUUGCAGCGACAGCUUGAGGAGAAAGACGGCGCUGCCGCCGCAACAAGAUCUCAAUUACAAGAUCUUUUGAAGAAGUGCGACGACCUGAUGAAGGAGCGAGACGACUCAAUCCAGCGGGAGACAAUUGCAUUGACUCAAUCGCAGGCGCAUCAAACGGCAGAAAAGAAUAUUCGCAUUGAAAACCAACGAUUGACGCAACAAGUUGCCGUUCUACAGGCUAGUACCAAAAUCAAUUUUCCUCAACGGGCUGCUCUUCCAGAAAAUACAAGCCCUUUCGCCCCCAGGAACUCGGACCCAUUCGUCUCGCCUAGAGAAUACAGAAUUACGACCCACGCAGGUGACAUUCCCCCCUCGAUUCUCAACCCAAACGUCCUUGCUUUACCACCAAAUGUUACAAGCCCGUUAAAGCCAUCUACCCAAGCUCCAUCUACUCAACCUCCAUUGAUGGAGAUCCCAACCGAGCCUGCCAGUUUGAGGAAUCGUCACCAACAUAUUCAACAUUCUACGGCGACACCCGGCCAGGCUGGACCCAGUAAUAAUUCCAACAUGGCAAUGGUUCUUAAACCCACACCAGAGUCUCACAAAUUUGGAGAAGAGUUCGAUCUCUUGUACCGACUAGUUGAGCGAUACGUUAAUGAUUAUUGUUCCGUCCCAAAUCCCGAAGUCGACCAAACCAUUCCUCCAACAAAGCAGCACUUAUGGGCUUAUAUGAUGGAUUUAACAUACCCAAAUCAAACACAAGACGCUCACAAUCAUACAAAGCUCUUGAUUGAGUCCAAGGAAUCGCGCAGUUAUUUUGUGAUGCGGCUCAUUCUCAACUAUCUUUUCGAGGAGAUGCUGACUGUCAAGACUUGGCUUGGCUUCUCGCUUGAGACCGACCAAAUUUUUAAGAAUAUCAAGGAGAGCCUAGCACAAAGAGGUAAGUCUUGCAAGCUUGUAAAUCAAGUGAAAUCCAGGAACUAAAGAUUUAUUAGGACUCAGUACCGCAUCUCGUCAACAGCACAUCGACCGAGAAGUUGGUGCUGUUGAACAAAUUAUCGGCGCAGACAACUUUGACCAUUGGGCCAAGGUAACCAAGGACCAUCAUUGCGCUAGGCUACGCGACUAUCUGGGUAUGUUGCUUAACAAGGGCACACAUAGAGUAGACGCCGGCAACGAAUUGGGAAAGAUUGUUUUGCAUGCAUGGAGCUUGAAUCUCAAGAUGAGGUUAUCUCACUUGACCUUUCAAGUAAUCUUUCCACUCACGGCGGGCAAAUUUCUCGCUGCUACAAUGAUUGCUCGCGACAGAACGGACGUUACUCCUAUGCAGCUCCAAAUUUCUCAAACCCGACUGAAGCUGGUCAUCACUCCUGUGGUCACCCUCCGAGACGAUCGUGGCCCAUCUAUCAAAGUUCGAAAUCUCCACCAUGCCCAAGUUCUUACGAUGCCAUAA